AUGGCGUCCGCCAAACAACCAAACGCCGAGUCAUCCAAGUCUCACGAUCACGCAUCGGAGGCAGCCUCUGUUGAUACCCAGCUUUCAGCACCCGGCGAUUUAGGCCCAGACGAUGGCCACCGCAUCUUCAACGUAUAUAGUACUACAUCGUUCACAAAUUACAGGAUUUCCCAGUCCGACGACAAGGCCACUCUCUAUUAUGUCAGGGCAUCCACAUUUACUCCUGGGAAGCCAGAGAUAACAUUCCACGUCGGCGAGAGGGGAGGUCCCGUCGUAGGGAUCGCAAACUUCCUCAAGUUUUCCUCGCAGUCAAAAAUCGGUCUCGGAGAUCCAGCAGAGCCGCUUAAAAUGGUGUGGGAAGAUUUGAAAAAGGAGAGCAAGGACCACUCUAAGUACCGAUUCGAAACCACAGUAGACGACGCGAGAAGAGGAUUCCUCUGGAAGAGAACACGCAGCAUCGGGGUCGAAGGCUCUGUUCCAAACAAAUUUAGCGAAUCGAAUUUCAAGCUAGUCGACGAACAGACUGGCGAGCUGCUGGGAAUAUAUUCUACCAACGGCAUAAAGAGCAUCAAGAAACAGGGGAAGUUUCAGCUUAACAAGAACUACGGCCCCGAAUUUGAUCUGAUGUUCCUGCUCACUGGUAUGACCUUACUCGAAAGACUACAGCGCAGGAAGCAUGCCCGAGGAGGAGGAGGCGGCGGCGGUGGAGGAGGCUAG